AUGCGGUACCCUACUAUGCGGUACCCUGUGCGGUACCCUGUGCGAGUCGUUCCCUGCAGCGGAAGCUUUUGGAGUCCUUCUCCAGUCGUUCAGCCAACCACCGCAGACGGGAAAAGCGCUCUCUUGCUUCAUUACGGCCCGCGUUCGCCUUCACGGUCGCCGGAACCGCGAGCGUCCGUGCAUUCGAGCUUCGCUCUCGCCAUUGAGUUGAUUUCUGCCUACUCUCCCCUCCUUCCCCCUCAUUCCCCUCCUCUUCCCACCUCCCCCCUCCUCUCCCCUCCUCUCCCCACACUCCGCGCAGACACGUCUGUCAUCCUGCUGAACGGGUUGAUUAUUCUGCUGUCAGCACAAGUCGUGCUUCCUUCUUCACUGUCGCAGCGACUACGAGCGCAAGCGCCUGCGCAUACGACCCUUUCUCUCGCCGUUCAAGCACUCCCUUGGGUGACGUCGCUCAUCCCGCUGAACGGGGUGACCAUCCUGCUGCCGCUGCACGCGCACACCAUCCGCUUCUUCAUGGCGGCCUUCUCCUCGCAGAAGCAGCAGCAGCUCAUCGCCUACCACAUCCUGCAAGGCCGCUACGACUUCCGCCGCCUGCGCUACCAGCCGCGCGGGCGGCGGCUGAGAACACUGGAGGGCACGAGCCUGGUGAAGCGCGGGCGCAAGGGCGGGCUGCUCGUGGCUGUGAAGGGCAAGGGUGGGGCGCCCGUGCCGAUUGUGAUGCCGAAUCUGUUCAACGGGUCGCAGUUCACCAUCCAUGCCGUGUCCGAGAUGGUCGUCCCGCAUGACAUUUAUUGA